UUUCUCGCCUGACCUGAUACAGGAAGUCACAUUGCUUUCCCAGCUUCACUUUCAAACAGAAGAAGAGUUAUGGCCCGACUGAAGUGGGUGCUGUUGGUGUUCUGCUUCCUAAACUGCUGGCAUCAGAUCCAAACUGUGGAACAAGCUGCUCUGCGCUUUGUGGUGCUCGCUGACUGGGGAGGUGUUCCUGUCCCUCCAUACUACACUUUUCAUGAGGAGGCUGUGGCUGCAGAGGUGGACAGGCUGGCCCGCACCGCAGGAGUGGACUUUGUCCUCAGCCUGGGGGAUCACUUCUACUUCGAGGGAGUCAAGAGUGUGGAAGACCCCCGCUUUAAGUACACCUUUGAGAGGGUCUUCUCCCAGCACGCUCUGCUGGACAUCCCAUGGUACCUGGUUGCAGGAAACCAUGAUCACAGGGGCAACGUCUCAGCUCAGAGGGCUUAUUCUGACACCUCCCAUCGAUGGAAUUACCCAGCUCUCUAUUAUGAUCUCCAGUUUACUGUCCCGAACACUAAUGUGUCGGUGAGCGUGCUGAUGAUUGACACCGUGUUGUUGUGUGGAAACACGUACAACCAGACCCAGCCUUCAGGCCCGGAGAACUCCAGAGCAGCAGAGCAGCAGUGGGACUGGAUCGAGUCCAAACUGGCCAGCAGCAGGUCAGACUACGUUGUGGUGGCCGGUCAUUAUCCCGUGUGGUCCAUCGGCCAUCACGGACCAACGUCCUGUCUCGUCAAAAGACUGAGGCCCCUGCUGAAGAAGUACAGAGUCACUGUGUACCUGUGUGGCCAUGAUCACAACCUGCAGUUCAUCAGAGAGGAUGAUGGGAGCUCGUACGCAGUGAGCGGCAGCGGGGUGGUCAGCGACCCCACCACCAGCCACAGGGACAGCGUCCCUCUGUCCUGGCAGCUGUACUCCAGUCCUGUCAACCACACGGCAGGAGGUCUGGCGUACUUCCAGGUCGUUGAGCAUCAGAUGACGGUCAGUUACAUGCAGACAGAUGGGAAGUGUGUUUACCACGCAGAGCUGCCCGCACGCACACCCUGAGGCGCUUCAUCCGUCUACACAUAUGUUCUGCAACAGUUACAGUAAGAACGGUGUCAUACUAUCUGUACAUGUUCUUCUUUUAUAAAUAAAAACCUUAAAAAUAAAGUAA